CGGGUGGGCGCGGCCACAGCACCAUCUUCCACCGCAGGCUGGUCGGUCUUGCUCCCAAGCCAAAUGGCGCCGCGGCCUCUGGGCCCUUUGGUGCUGGCUCUGGGUGGCGCCGCAGCCGUGCUGGGCUCGGUGCUCUUUAUCCUCUGGAAAUCUUACUUCGGCCGCGGCCGGGAGCGGCGCUGGGACCGGGGCGAGGCCUGGUGGGGCGCAGACACUGCCCGCCUCCCUCAGUGGGACGAGUGGGAGCCCGAGGACGAGGAAGAUGAGCCGGCCUUGGAGGAGCUGGAGCAGCGGGAAGUGUUGGUGCUGGGCUUGGAUGGCUCAGGGAAAAGCACGUUCCUGCGCAUGCUGGCCGGGAAGCCACCGGUGGAAGGCCACGUCCCCACCUGGGGCUUCAACUCUGUCCGGCUGCCUACCAAGAAUUUCGAGGUGGACCUGUUAGAGAUUGGUGGCAGCCAGAACCUGCGCUUCUACUGGAAGGAGUUUGUCAAUGAGGUGGACGUGCUGGUGUUCAUGGUGGACUCGACUGACCGGCUAAGGCUGCCCUGGGCUCGGCAGGAGCUGCAGAAACUGCUGGACAAGGAUCCUGAUCUGCCUGUUGUUAUAGUGGCCAACAAGCAGGACCUGAGCGGGGCCAUGAGGAUGGGGGAGCUGCAGCAGGAGCUGGGCCUUCUUGCUAGUGACAACCAGAGGGAGGUUUUCCUCUUGGCAGCCAGCAUUGCCCCUGCAGGAUCUGGCUUCGAGGAACCUGGCACCGUGCACAUCUGGAAAUUGCUCUUAGAGCUUCUCUCCUAAACUGGACCCACCUGCCUGCUGCCCAGCCUUGGAGACCACAGUUCUGCCUUCUCCUGCAUCGUUGUUGCUAGCCUAGGCUUGGGCAGGAGCAUUAUAGCAACGCUUCCUCUCUCCCUCAAGAGCAAGGCCAAAUCCACAAGGAAGCCUUCCUGGUGAGGUAGAUACGGGGCUGAGGCGGGGCGGACAGUGACUGCCUCACUUAAGGCUGUAGUUAGCUCCAGCUUCCCUUGCCUUCCUGCAGUGUGGCUACCCUAGCAGGCUCCGUACCCCCCUCCAACCCACCCGCAGCUCCCACUGGUUGAAGAAGCAGUGUGGCUACCCCAGGUAUUCCUGAGCCUUUGCCUCUCAUCUCACAGUUCAUACCUGGUGAUAUCAUACAUUUUCCAUGUGGAAAGGUUCUGGGCAGAGCACAGCUAGUCCUUGCUCCUAGUCCUUAGCCUUCAGCCCCUGCUGUCUGUGGCCUUGUGUUUCUGCCUUUCUAGCCCCCUGGGCCAUUCUAAAUGCUGUCCCCGGCAAUGCCAAACCUGAAAACCUUAGCAGAGAAUCUUCUCAACACCUCCCUGCUGUUAUGGCCUGGCCUUGCCAGCCUUUAUUGACCACAAAGUGCAGUUCACUGAGUAGGGUGAAGGGUGGUUUUGCCUAGGUCUGGAGACAACCUGCUGCUUUUGUACUAACUGUG